AUGAUAGCCAACCCCUCUAUCCAACACCAGCACUCCCACGAUUCGUCUUCGUCUUAUCGCUCCGGGAGCAGGUCACGACACUCCUCUACGCCGCGAGCCCAGCGCCCCGACUCUGUUACCGAAUACUCUAGCAACAACGCACAGCCAGCCGCAUCGUCGCCCGCGCCUGCUACCGUCACUGUGUCUACGUCAGCGUCAGUCUCUGCGCCAGCGACGGCGCCUGGGGGCCACGGAGCCGCCCACGUGUCCGCGACCGGCGGAGCUUCGCGAUUCCCAUCCCCGCCGCCGUCCUCGUCGCCUUCUGCUGCUACCGGUCCUGUCGCCGUCGAGGAUGGGACCAGCUCGUCUAUGGCAUCUGACGCGAGGGACUCUGUCCCCUUAGGCCAGGCCCCACGUUCCGGCCGGACCCCCACCAACGCCGCCCAACAACCCUCACCCUCUUCCGACGACUUCAAAAUACCCUCCUCGUCCUUGGCCCUCUCUGGUGGAACCGCCUCCCAGCCGACGCCGCAGCCGGAACAGACCGUCAUUCACAUUCGCGACCUCGCUCACAUCCAAAGCCUGGCAAGCGCCGACCUACUGUCUGGCAAUGGAUCCGGCAUCCUCAACGACCCGCCCCUCCAGCAGAUGAAGUAUGAGAUCAGCGGAAUGCCGAUCGGCGACAUCAUCGAGAUGGUCGCAGCCCUGUUGACCAAGAUCACAACCACAAACGACCUGCAGCAUGACGCCAUGCAGCGCAAUGUGGCUCACCAGCAGCAGGCCAACCAGUCGGCUGACACCAGCGGGAGCCCUAUUUCCCCACUGAACCACUCGGUUCUUGCCUUCCACGGCAAGAAUGUUCCCGCCAUCACCAUCCUCAGCUACCUUUCUCGAAUACACAAGUACUGCCCGACGACAUACGAGGUGUUCCUCAGCUUGCUUGUCUACUUUGACCGGAUGACGGAGCGAGUCAACGAUUUGGUCAUGAGGAGCGAGGAGGCACGUCAACAGACCCAGACCGAGCGAGUAAAUUCUACCGACACACCCAUGCAUGAUGAUGGUUCAGAUGAUUCGGACGAGAGUGAUUCAGAUCUCGCAGACGAUGACGAGGACAUGGAGGACCACUCGAGUCGCCCAAGCCGCCAGAGUAGCAACCGGGGGACUUCAGCCUCGGGCGAACACUCCCCUCUCGCCGCCGCGACAUACUUCGUUGUCGAUAGCUUCAACAUUCAUCGACUCAUUAUUUCUGGUGUGACAUGCGCUAGCAAGUUCUUCUCCGAUGUCUUCUACACAAACUCGAGAUAUGCUAAGGUGGGCGGACUGCCACUUGUUGAGCUCAACCACCUUGAGCUUCAGUUCCUCCUUCUCAACGACUUCCGACUUGCCGUUCCAGUGGAAGACCUGGAAGCAUAUGCGACCAUGCUAGUCGAGUUCUAUGCUCGAGAGGUAGUGGCCAAGCAACCCGGAGCCGUAUCUGCCGAGUAG